CAGCAGACCACCAGAGUGACUUAUCAAGAGAUUUUUGGAUUUUUGGAUUUUCGCCCGGCUUGACUGACUAGGUCGACCCGUGAAUUAUUAUUAUCACCACACCGGCGGUAUAUCUUGACUCCCUUCCCUUUCCCCUUCAAUUCCUCCCCCCGGCUUUCCAUCCGCUCCCAACCCCCGCUGGUGUGCUCUUUCCACACCCCCAUCAUGGCUGGCACCACGCUAGCAAUGCGUUCCCUGGUCUCUCCCAUCAUGAGGCUGUCGUCCGUGUCGCGCAGCACUCUCACGACCACCUCCCAGGCCCUGCGCUCGAAGCCGCUUCGAUCCAAUGGCCUGUCCAUCGCGCGCGUCGCUCGUCGAGGCUACGCCGAUGCUGCUCCUACUCCUUCGCCGGCUCCCAAGCCUAAGAAGCGUUUCCGCGCUCUGCGUUGGGCCUGGCGUCUGACCUGGCUGAGCGCUCUCGGUCUGAUCGGUGCGACGGCCUACAGCAUCUACGACCUGCGUCAUCCCGAGGAGCAGUACGAGCCUGAUCCGACCAAGAAGACCCUGGUCAUCCUUGGUACUGGGUGGGGUUCCGUCUCCCUGUUGAAGAAGCUCGACACUGAAAACUACAACGUCGUCGUCGUCUCGCCCCGCAACUACUUCCUGUUCACUCCCCUGCUGCCCUCAUGUACUACCGGUUUGAUCGAGCACCGCUCGAUCAUGGAGCCCAUCCGUAACAUUCUCCGCCAGAAGAAGGCCACCGUCAAGUUCUACGAAGCCGAAGCCACCAAGAUCGACUACGAGAAGCGCGUCGUUCUGAUCAGCGAUGAUUCCGAGAUCAAGGGUGACAUUUCGCACACUGAGGUUCCCUUUGACAUGCUUGUGAUCGGUGUUGGUGCCGAGAACGCGACUUUUGGUAUCCAGGGUGUCCGUGAGCACUCGUGCUUCCUGAAGGAGGUCACUGAUGCUCAGAACAUUCGUAAGCGUAUUAUGGACUGUGUCGAGACUGCUAUGUUCAAGGAUCAGACCCCCGACGAGGUUAAGCGCCUGCUGCACAUGGUUGUGGUCGGUGGUGGCCCCACUGGUGUUGAAUUCGCCGGUGAACUGCAAGAUUUCUUCAACGACGAUCUCAAGAAGUGGAUUCCAGAGAUCCAGGACAACUUCCACGUUACUCUCGUCGAGGCCCUUCCCAACGUUCUGCCCAUGUUCUCCAAGCAACUGAUUGACUACACCGAAUCCACCUUCAAGGAGGAGGAGAUUACUAUCCGCACCAAGACUAUGGUCAAGAAGGUCACCGACAAGUACAUCGAGGCUGAGGUGACCAACCCUGAUGGCAGCAAGUCUCUGGAGACUAUCCCCUACGGUCUGUUGGUUUGGGCUACCGGUAACGCCGUGCGCCCCGUUGUCCGUGACCUGAUGAGCCAGCUCCCAGCUCAGGCCAACUCCCGCCGUGGUCUUGCCGUGAACGAGUACCUUGUUGUCAACGGCACUGAGAACAUCUGGGCCGUCGGUGACUGUGCUAUUACCAACUAUGCCCCUACCGCUCAGGUUGCCGGUCAGGAGGGUGCUUUCCUGGCUCGCCUCUUCAACACCAUGGCCAAGACCGACACCAUUGAGAAGGAGCUCCAGACCCUCUCCAACGAGCAGUCCCUGGCUAAGACUGAUGAGGACCGCAACCGUGUCUUUGACGAGAUCCGUGAGCGCCAGAAGCAGCUGCGGAGGACCAAGCAGAUUGGUCCCUUCCAGUACUCCCACCAGGGUUCUCUGGCCUACAUUGGCAAGGAGCGUGCCGUUGCCGAUAUCAGCUGGCUGAGCGGCAACAUUGCUAGCGGUGGUACCCUGACCUACCUCUUCUGGCGCAGUGCCUACCUGAGCAUGUGCUUCAGCUCCCGCAACCGUGUUCUCGUCGCUGUCGACUGGAUCAAGGCCCGUCUCUUCGGCCGUGACGUGUCUCGGGAGUAAAUGCCUUUACUCAAAAGCCAUGCCUCCUGUAACCGCCAUUAUAUCCCCGGCUAUCCUUGACUAGCCUCUUCCCUGUCCCCAACACACAGGCACCUAAGAUACAUUGUGUGUUCCCUCUUGAAACGCUACGCCGCCUCCACGCCCUCGACUUCGCUUCCCUGCCCACCCUGUGAUAGACAUAUUCAUUUUACCCAUUUCUCGUUUGUGAUGACCUACCAUUGGUACCUUGCCUGCUUCAUCCCUUUUGACCUCUCAUCAUGUAUAACUGCGCCACACCCCAGAUCCUAUACAGAUGUGUUCUCGUCGUGUCUAGACCGGAACUCCCCCUUCUUGGUAUGGAGAUUGGAGAGGGAGAGGAAAAAGCAUUAAUUUUGCCAUUCUUUUCUUUUUCUCCUCUGAAGUUUUUUUUUUUUCUUAUUUUCCCUUUUUCUUGGGGUUGUACGUUAUGGGUAUAGAUAGACUGGGUCUUGGUUUGGGUCUCCGUAAGUUGCCAUAUUUAGCCAAUGAAUUUCGUUUUUUUUCUA